AUGAAAAAACAAUCGAAAGUCUCUUUUUACAAAGGGCUUCCUCCAGAAGGGGUAUUAGCCAAAUGGUUUAAACCAGAGCAUCAUGGGAUUCUUAUUUUGGAUGAUUUAAUGGAAGAAUCUGGCAACGAUAAACGCGUCUUGGAUUUAUUUACCAAAGAUUCCCAUCACCGUGGUAUUACGGCUUUGUAUCUCACGCAAGAUCUCUUCCCACCUGGCAAAUUUGCAAAAACCAUUAACCGCAACGCACACUACGUAAUUUGUUUUAAGUCUCCGAGAGACAAGACAGGUAUCCGUCAUUUACUCCUGCAGGUGUACCCUGAAAAAUGGCGUCGAGUCCUCAAAUUAUUUUUGAAACUGACUGCGCGUCCUUUUGGUUAUUUUAUGCUUGAUUUACACCCUGCCUCCGAUGAUCGUUUUCGCAUUUGGAGUCACUUAACUAAACGAGAAGGAAAACCAUUGAUGCAUACCUUUGACGAAGAUAUAAAUAGCCGGUCGAUUCGUACAAAACGCAAAUCCAAAAAAUGAGGCGAAAAGGAACAGCAAGAAAACGUAAACCUGGCGUGGGAAGACAACGUGGAGGCAUUGCGCCUUUUUUGGCAGCAGCCAUUCCUGCUUUAGUGGCUGGAGGAAAAGCAGCAGCCGUGGGGGGAUUAGGGGCCGCGGCUAAUUAUGGCACUUUAAAAGUGUUGCAAGCUUUAGAGAAAAAGAAGUAUAAAAGGCGACGCCCACCUAAGCGACGAACAAAAACAUCAUGACCGGACGCAUGACCAGGCAAAGUCACUUUUUAAAUGAUGUCUUAAAGGAAGCAAAUCAAUAUAAACGACAACAAAAAUUACGCUAUGCUAAUGCAGAUCAAAUUAAUGCUGUGAGUGAAUUGGUGAUGAAUACUUUGCGGGGGGCAAUACGUCCAGGUAGAAAAACCGUGCGUGCCCUUAAACCUUACAGUCAACCCCUGCGUCUCAUCGCAAACCCUCGACAGAGUAUAAAAAGGCGAAGACAGCUUAUGAGUCAACAAAUAGGUGGAGGUGCUUGGAAAGAAUUGAACCGUUGUUAUCGCUGCGCCAAAACUCAAUACCGCUACUAAACAUGAAAAAACAGUUGCUACAGCGACUGCUGUGUCUGUUAGAUUACUUUCUUCUGUUGGCUCAGACGCUAAAAGAGUUUAAGCAGAAAGUACAUCAGAGAUGUCGUCCCAAAAACCUAUAAGUAUCUCUGUUCAGAAUGAAAAGGUCACAGUAGAAAGAUGGAUGGGAUAUCUAGUACACCAGUCGAAAACUCUGUGCAAUUUUUAAAGUUACGUGAACGAUAUAAAUCAGAUCUCUUGGACGAUAGCCGUUUGACAAAAGCUGCUGGCUUAGCUGCUGAACAAGAACUGUUGCUGGAGAGUCCUGCCCCAGAUACUUGGAAAGAACCCCGGUUAAAAUCUGUUAAUAGGGAAUUACGGCAAUGGACGAAAAAAAUCCGUCAACCUGGAGGAACCCGUGCUAUUGGGCGGGAUGAUGUUGAUACAGAC